ACUUUUUUAAGUGGCUGCCAGAAAUGUUUAAAUGGUUCCCAUUCUGCUUCUAUUGGAUAGCACUGUCUAUUUGGGAAGAUUUCAGCCACCUCUGCAUAUUCUCAAAUCAAGUACAUGGCAGUGACGUGCUACACCCACAGGCUGUAAGAUUCAAUGACUCCCAUAGCGUAUGGGCCUCUGAUUCUGAUUCCAGAUCUGAGGGUUUACCACUUCCUCUUCCUGUCCUGUCUUAUGGCUAUGAAUCCUCAAUGCAGAAAUUCCCUUCAAUUACGUUGAUUCUAUUUUGGUGAUUCAGAAGCCGCUUCCGGCUGUUGUGGACUUGAAGUCAAGCCAGCCUUAUAUAGGCAGAAGUGGCUGCCUACAUGUGCUGAGAAAAGCCAAAAAUAUCUUCUGCCCUUUCCCUGCCUAUUGCCCCCAUCUGCCCAAAUCUUACACAUCCACCCAGAGGCCUUUGGGCAAUGACCAACAUGGGUCUUAACCAGUCAGUUCCCUGAUGCCAGUGCAGAAACUGGGCAAAUGCUGGUGUCUUCCAGGGCACUGUGCUGCUCAUCUCCAACCAGCACCGUCCCCUGAAAUUUCCCAGGUGAGGGGACCCUGGUCAGGGAUCUUGCCCAGUGGGCAUCACAGAGACCUGUACAGUCAGGUCUCAGCAGCCCGAAACACACGCAGGCAUAGCUGUCAGCCACGGUGAGAAGGAGCAAGCAGGAGCAUCGAGCUGUUGUUUACUGGGCAUUCUGCAUACAUUAUCUCACUAAAUCCUCAAGGCCACCCGAGAAAUAUUCUCCUUACAGCAGAGUCCACACAAGUUCAGAGAGGGAUAGUGUGUUGUCCAAGAUCACACAGCACACACAGUAUGUGGAAACGUUGGGCCUCGUUUUCAAGGGGCUUCAACCUUCAGCUGGAGCAGAGUAGAAGCUGCCCUUAGUGAAGGUGUCUCCACGUGGCCGGGCACUGCUGUUUCCACCUGGGCAGCGGUGCCCCUCACCUUGGCUGGAUGGCUCCACAGGCACAUGCCUUUGCUGCUCCGGCCCAUUGGGUGCCCCGUUCUCUGCACACUGGGUGCCUGGCCUGCCUUCCUGGAGGGGUUGUGAUCUGGGAAGGAUGUUAGGCUCCCUGUGGGCCCAAAGUGUCUCAUUCAGUUGUGUCACUUCUCCUAUCUGGGCCACAAGACAUCCUCCUUCAGGCCUGAGCAAGUGACCCAGGCACCAUGUCCUUAUAAGGGAAAAUGGCAGAGAGUCUGGAAUGCAGCUUAAAUGUCCCCUAACCAGCCCAUCCUGCAGGGUGGGGACCUGGGGGCUCAGGAGAGGCCUUCUGGAGGAGGCAGUCCUACAGGCAGUGAUGGGGCACAGAGGUGCUGGGAGAAGACAGCCUGGAAGUGUACCUGCAGGGUAAUGACUGCAGCCUAGCACAUACAGGGAACACACAUUUAUUGAGCAGCUACUAUUUGCAGUGCCAGAGCAUCACAAGGUCCUCAUGAGUCUUAGGACUCCUUCCCUCCACACUAGUAGAGAACGGUGGUUGACCGGUUGACUUUGGAACAGGACUGUGGGGUAUAAAUUAUGGUUUCACCUCUUAGCAGCUGAGUGGCUUGGUUAAGAGACUUAACUCUCUGAGUCUCAGUUUCCUAAACUGAAAAGUGGAAACAAUAACAGCCCCUACUACGAAGGGUUGUAAAUUGCUAGGAUUCAAUAAAUUCAUUUAUAAACUGUUCAGAUGCUAAGCAAGUGCUCAAUAAAUAUUAACUAUUAUCACAAUUAUUCUCUUUUAAGAGGAGAAAACUGAGAGUAAGAGAAAUGAGGUCACCUGCUUAAGGUCACACAGCUAGGGAGGGACAGAGCUGUGCUUUGAAGCCAGGUCCCCAUUUGCCUAAAGACAGGAGGGGAGCUGGAGAGAAAGACGAAAGCCAAUGAUGGUUAGAGAAAAGUCUUCGCAGAAAUCCAGUUGUCUCCCGUGGGUCCCCACCCUCUAAGAGGUGGGCUAAGGCUGCUCCUGGGACACCUAACUGUGGAAGGAAAGGGAAAGAGAAAGCUGAGCAGAGUUCUAGUCCCAGCACUGCCACGAAUGAGCUGAAUGGCUUCCCUGCACCUCAGUUUCCUCCUCUGUGAAAUGGAACUAAUUCCAUCUUCCUGUUACAGGACUACCAGGACUAGAGAUGUUGCUUGGGAAAGGCCCGUUCUCUCCUCCCACACCUUCUACCCACUCCUGCCUACCCGAGGAGGAUGAGGCAGCUUGCCCAACCUCCUGGGAGGUGGGCCCCGGCAGGGCGGGACAGGCGGCCAGGAGGACUUAAUUAAGGGCAGAAAAGCAGAAGUGACAGGCUUUCCCAAGUCUCAGAGGACGAAAUUCCCCACACUUCCUCUCCACCUGCUGCCGCUGCCUAAGGCCUCCUGGCUGGCUCCGCUGCUAUUCAGGAGGCAUGAGGACCCUCCAGGGGACAGCUGCGCACCUCAUCAGGACCGGGUGGAGAUUCUGGCUCUUGGGGCUCUGCAAGGCCCUUGUCCCACUGCAGGCGGCCUGGGCUGCCUUCUCUCAGCCUGUCCCAGCCAGCUAUGACCAGCUGUUGAUCCAGCUUCUCCUGUGUGGUUCCCUAGCUGUUGCUGCUGCAGGUCUGGCCCACCACUGGCUAGUGUCCUCGCUGCUUUAUCCUCUGGGGCCCUCGGCCAUGGUGGCCUCUCUCUGUGGCCUCCUGGUCUUACUAGGCCUGGGCCUGGUGCCUCCAGCUCGCUGCCUGUUUGCACUCAGCGUGCCAACUCUGGGCACAGCACAGGGCCGCCGCCUGCUCCUAUCCUGGAGUACUGCCACCUUGGCUGUCACCGUGGUGCCCAAUGUCUUGGCUAACGUGGGCGCAGCUGGACAGGUGCUGAGGUGUGUCACCGAGGGCUCCCUGGAGAGUCUUCUCAACACCACUCACCAGCUACACACAGCGUCCAGGGCUCUGAAUCCCACUGGCCGAGGCCUGACACUCCAGGCCCAGGGCAAUGGCUCUGUCUUCCGGCUUCACAUGCUCAAGGUCACUCAGCAGGUCUUGGAGGACUUUUCUGGCCUGGAGUCCCUGGCCCAGGCAGCAGUGCUGGGCAUCCAGCGGGUGGUGACAGGACUCUUUAUGCUGGGCCUCCUGAUAAACUCAGCCCGGUAUCUCCAUUGCUACCUGACUGACCUGCGGUUUGAUAAUGUCUACGCCACACGGCAGUUAGCCCAGCAUCUGGAAGAGACUGGGGCCACACACCUGCUGACCUCCCCACCAGCCUGGCUGCUCAGGGCGGCUUGGCCAAGGCUGUCCCAGGGGGAGCUGCUGAGCUGUCUACUAAGGCUGGGGCUGCUCACCCUGCUUCUGGUGGCCACAGCGGUGACCGUGGCCACAGACCACGUGGCCUUCCUCCUGGCACAGGCAGCCGUGGACUGGGCUCAGAAGCUGCCUGCUGUGCCCGUUACACUCAUGGUCAAGUAUGAUGCUGCCUACACCGUCCUGGACUUCGUCCCCUUCCUCUUCAACCAGCGGCCUCUGGAGAAACCCUUCCACUCUGCCCACAGGUCCUUCCAGUGGGAGCUCCGCUUCACCUCCCCUGGCUGCCCGCUGCUGCCCGCCCAGCGCCCCCUCACGGCCGCCCCCCUGGCCGCGGGGGUCCUGCAGCUGGUGGCUUGUUCCACGGUCCUCCUGGAGACCUACGCCUGCCGACUGCGGCACACCAUCGCAGCGUCCUUCUUCACGGCCCAGGAGGCGAGGAGGGUCCACCACCUUCAUGCCCGGCUCCAGCGGAGAUACGACAGGAACCGAGGCCAGCAGCUGCCCCUGCAGGCUCCUUUGAUCCCCACACCUGGACCUGCCAGCCAGCACCCAACAUGGAUAGACAUGCCUGGACGUACUGGACCCCUGAGAACAGAGAGCCCUGGAGAAGAGGGGAAAGAUGUUUGGAGUCACACAGACCUAAGUUGUCAUCUUGGCCCUUCUGCCGCCUCCCUGUGUUACCUUGGGUGGUGGCUGCACCUCUCUGAGCCUCGUUUUCAGCAGCCACAUAAUGACAAUGAUGCGAGCUACUUUCCACACGGGAAUGUGGGAAGGACAGAAUGAAAUAUUGGGCAUGAAAGGCCCCCGUACACAGAAAAGAGCUAUGCCAAGUGGAAGGCAAGGAAGCGCAGAAAUGGCUCAGGGCUUCUCAGGCAGGUGGGAGUCGGUCAAGGCUCUCACCCGCAUCAACGUUACCUGGCCAGUGGAGACUUUGCUUGUGAAUGUGCCUAAAUGCGCCUGGAACUUAUUUAUGUGCCCCCGAACCCUCUGAACUUACUGACUGUAAUCUACAAGU